AUGUCCGCCCCUACUCACGUACUCUUCGAGUGCGCUACGGGAUGCGCCAUCUUUCAGGUCACCCAAGUCGAGGAGAUCGGCUCCAAGGUGGCCUCUGUCCAGCAGGCGGCCGCCGACAUCGGCAACUUUGCUCGAAUGGUCAAGCUCCUCUCCUUCAGCCCAUUCCGUAGCGCCGUCGAUGCUCUUCAGAGCUGUCUCGACAUCUCAGAGGGUGUUCUCAAUGACCACCUCAAGGCUUUGAUUUCUCAGGCACUCGUCCCCUCCGGCAAGAAGACCAAGGGCGUCUCGCUCGGUGUCUCUGAGCGUGGUUUGGCCUCAGCCAUCGUUGCCGACUUGGGCAUUGGCUGCGACACUGGCUCGACCACCCUUGAGCUCAUUCGUGGCCUUCGUCUGCACGCAGAGAAGAUGAUCUCGACGAUGCAGCAAGGCGACCUCUCCAAGGCGCAGCUCGGUCUUGGCCACUCGUACUCCCGAUCGAAGGUCAAGUUCAACGUCAACCGCUCAGACAACAUGAUCAUUCAAGCCAUUGCCCUCCUCGACACCCUCGACAAGGAUGUCAACACCUUCGCCAUGCGUGUCAGGGAAUGGUACGGCUGGCACUUCCCCGAGCUUGUCAAGAUUGUCAAUGACAACAUGCUCUACGCUAAGCUGGCCGUCUUCAUCCAGGCAAAGGAGAGGCUGAAGGAGGAUGACAUUGAGGAGAUGGCCGAGAUUCUUGAGGGUGACGAAACGCUGGCGAGAAACAUCUUUGAUGCUUCAAGAGCUUCGAUGGGAACUGAGAUCGGAGAGAUGGACAUGCUUAACAUCCAGACCUUUGCGGACCGCGUCGUCAACCUCGCCCAGUACCGAAAGAACAUGCACAAGUACCUUAUCGAGAAGAUGCACCUUGUGGCUCCCAACCUCUCGGCCCUCGUCGGCGAGAUCAUUGGAGCACGCCUCAUCUCGCACGCUGGCUCGCUCACCAACCUCGCAAAGUACCCAGCCUCAACAGUUCAGAUCCUCGGAGCAGAGAAGGCCCUCUUCCGUGCUCUCAAGACCAAGGGCAACACGCCCAAGUACGGCCUCAUCUACCACGCUUCGGCCAUUGCUCGCGCCGCACCCAAGAACAAGGGACGCAUGUCGCGCUUCUUGGCAAACAAGAUCUCCAUCGCUAGCAGGAUCGACUGCUUCUCCGACUCGCCCUCGAUGAAGUUUGGCGAGGUGAUGAACGCUCAGGUGGAAGAGCGACUGGCCUUCUACGAGACGGGCAAGCCGCCGAGCAAGAAUGCCGAUGCGAUGAGCAAGGCACUGCGCGCUAUUGAGGAGAGCAGUGGUGACUUGAUGGACGUGGAUGGAGAGAAGGACGACAGCGAUGAUGACAGCGAUGACGAGGAGGAGCUCGGCGCAGUGGAGGCGGCAGGCACCAUGCCCGAGGCAGCAGGGGCGGUCGACCCUGCCGAGAAGAAGAGCAAGAAGGAGAAGUCAUCUUCGAAGUCAUCAAAGAAGGAGGGCAAGAAGGAGAAGAAGUCCAAGUCCAAGUCGUCAGACAAGGCGACGAAGGACGACGUAGCGAAGGCGGCGAAGAAGGCUGCGAAGAAGGCGGCAAAGAAGUCGGAUGGCGGUGAGCCGGGAGAUGAGACUGUGGCCAAGGAGGACAAGAAGAAGGCAAAGAAAGAGAAGAAGAGCAAGAAGUGA